GAUUGACAGCUCAGUGCGCGGCUCUGGUCCGAACUCGAGGCCCAGGCUCCGGCUCCCGGACUAGGCCCUGCGAUGAUGAGCUGCUCGGUGAGCCGCGGUUGCUGGGCCCCUGCUCUGAGGGCUGCAGUGAGGUGGAGGCCGGGGCUCGGGGCGGGCCUGUACUGCACAGAGAGCGGCCCCAGGGUUAGGUUCGCCCCCAGCCCCACAGGUUUCUUGCACUUGGGCGGGCUCCGCAGUGCUCUGUAUAAUUACAUAUUUGCAAAGAAAUACGGGGGCCGCUUUGUGAUGAGGAUAGAGGAUACUGACCAGAGCCGCCUGGUUCCCGGAGCGGAGACCAGUCUCGAGGACCUCCUGGAGUGGGCAGGGAUCCCCCCUGAUGAGAGCCCCCGGCGUGGGGGGCCGCUGGGACCAUAUCGGCAGUCGGAGCGACUGGAGCUGUACCGGCUGGCGGCGGAUACUCUGAUUGAGAGGGGCGCCGCGUACCACUGCUUCUGCAGCCCCCAGCGACUGCAACUGUUGAAGAAGGAGGCGCUGAGAAGCGGAGAGACACCCAGGUAUGACAACCGCUGCCGGCACCUAACGCCGGGAAGAGUGGAGGAGAAACUAGCCCAGGGACAGCCGCACGUGAUCCGGUUCCGGCUGGACCAGGGGGCGACGAGCUUUGAGGAUCUAGUGUACGGCGGGACCUGUCACGAGGUGGGCAGUGUGGAGGGGGACCCGGUGGUGCUAAAGGCAGAUGGCUUCCCCACCUACCACCUGGCCAACGUGGUGGAUGACCACCACAUGAGGAUCAGCCAUGUGCUGCGGGGGACAGAGUGGCUGGUGUCCACCUCCAAACACCUGUUGCUGUACCGCGCCCUGGGCUGGCGGCCGCCCACCUUUGCACACUUACCGCUGCUCCUGAACCCCGACGGGAGCAAGCUCUCCAAGCGCCGCGGCGAUGUCUUCGUCCAGCACUUUGUGGAGAGAGGCUACCUACCUGAGGCCCUACUGGACAUCGUCACUCACUGCGGCUCCGGGUUCACAGAGGCUCGGAUGGGACGGACUUUGCCGGAGCUGAUUUCGGAGUUCGAUAUCACCAGGAUCACCACACACUCGGCACUUCUGGACCUCGACAAGCUGCCGGAUUUCAACAGGAUUCACCUGCUGCACCGUAUCCAGGAUGCAAGCUGGCGGCAGGCAUUGGUGGGGGAGUUGGCGGCUCUGGUUGGGAAGGUUUAUGGUCAGCACCACCCCAGCCUGGAGCACGUGGAGCGUGUACUGUUGCUCAGGAAGGGUCACGUGACGCGGCUGCAUGAGCUGGUGUCUCCCUCCUACGCCUACCUGUGGGUGCGGCCCCAGGUCCCACACCAGCAGCUGGACCGACUGUCACCUGAGAGUGAGAAGAUCUGUCGCCUUGUAAUGGACCUAGUCCGGGGCCAACAACACAGCACUGUCAGCACUCAGGAGCUGGGCUGUGAGCUGAGGGGGUUACACACACAGGUCAAAGACACCAAGUACAGCGUCAUGAUGACACUCCUCCGCCUGGCGCUGAGCGGCCAGCAGCAAGGCCCCAGCGUGGCUGAGAUGAUAAUGUCGUUGGGAUUUGAGGAGGUGUGUGAGCGGUUGGAGCGAGCUGUGGCCCACUGACCACAGAGGGGGGUUCUAUAUGGGACCUGUGGUCAAUGAAAGAGAACCACCCCCUCCGUAUCUGUGCUCCGCUGUGACAGUGGUGGAGGUCUCAGCCCCAUCUCGAGGAAGAAGGGGAAAAAAUCAGCUUCAUUAGGACGCAGUUGGAAAGUGCACACUGCAGAUGUCGGGUAUAAACAGGUUGGAUUUGAUACAACCUCCCUGAAACACACACUCACUCGUAUUCACACGCUCACUCUCUCUCACAGGCACACGCACACGUACACGCACAUGCUGCUUUCACAAGUAUACUACUUGGGUUGCCAGAAAUUCAAAUACUUUUGUAGUCCCAAAGUCAACUCAAUACUAGCCCAAAAGUAGCCCAAUAUCAUGCACUGUUUAAGAAAAGGUCUUCAAAGGAAAAACUUUUGCAGGUUUCAAUU